GUCAUGUUUACUUUUACUGUAUCGUGGUUUCAUAUUGCCCCAAACUGUGCAAAAUUCAACAUGCACCAUAAAAACUUUAGCCAGAAGAUGUUGGCAGCUCAAAAGACACUCUUGUUGCUUUUUGUUGGGGUCUCACUGGCGCAUGAUUUCAUUACAUCAGCACAGCUAAAGAACAUUGAGGAAAGGCUUAGAGCCACUGAGGAAACACUUACAGAACUGAAGAAAGAGAAUGAAGCUUUAAGGAUUUUCACAAAAGCAUCAAGUGAUAAACUUGAAUCUAUCCAGGCAGAAAAUAAAGCCAAAAAGGUUGCCUUUUCAGCUGGACUUUUGGCAUCUGGAUCACAACAUUUUGGACCCUUUGAUACUCGGAAAAUUCUGGUGUACCAAAAAAACUUCAUUAACACUGGAAACGCAUAUGACCCCAACACUGGUACAUUCACCGCACCAGUGAAUGGAGUCUAUUUCUUCAGAUUUUAUGCUCACGCUCACCCUUCUAACCAAAUGGCAGUCAGUCUCCACAAAAAUAAUCAGAUCCAAUGCUCUGUAUUUCUUCUGAAUCCUGAGACCAAUGCUAAUGGCAGCAAUGGUGUUGUUCUCUCACUGCAGAAGGGUGAUGAAGUGUACACACAGCUGAGGGAGAACAGCUGGGUUUUUGAUGAUGAAAACAGCUACACCAGUUUCAGCGGUUUUCUGCUUUUCCCCUUUUGAGCGUCCACAGAAUCCAGAAUUGGAUUGAAAAUAUGUUUAUGCCACUAGUGUUGUAAAGAUAUUUGUGUGAUAUUUGCCUCAAAGAAAGAGAACAUUGUAUUAUACUUUUCUUGUGUUUUUAACUUAGGUAACCAUAUGGAUUUCAUAUCGAAAUGAAUGUAUCAAUUUUCCAGUAUGCAAUACAUUUUUAA